CAAAAUCCCUCUGGAGAGCAGCUCACCACCAGGAACAUAAUCAAAGCGGCGCUGUGUCCCUCUCAGGUGCUUCCACAACCUGGGGAAGAAAUGAGCCCCCCAGACCCAUCUAACAGCACAGGAGAAUGGGAGCCUUAUGAAACCGGCAUGUGGACUAUGCCCAAUGGAAGCAUGGAUUUAGACCAACAUGGUUUCCACACAGACAUUACCAAGCACCUGGGGGUGCAGAUCACCCUCAUCACAGCGUAUUCCUUAAUCAUCCUUCUGGGGCUUCUCGGGAAUGCUCUUGUUAUUUACAUGAUCAUCCGUUACAGGAACAUGCGAACAGUGACAAACUUCUUCAUAGCCAAUUUAGCACUGGCGGAUCUGCUUGUUGACACUUUUUGCCUCCCCUUCACGCUGGUCUACACCCUGCUCGACGAGUGGAUGUUUGGCGCAGUGCUGUGCCACACAGUGCCCUUCGCCCAGGCCCUGAGCGUUCAUGUGUCCAUCCUGACCCUGACAGUCAUUGCACUGGAGCGCUACCGCUGCAUUGUCUUCUACCUGGGCCAGCGGCUCACGUGGCAGUCCAGCUUCCUCAUCAUGGCUUUUACUUGGACUAUCUCGGCGGUCCUGGCGGCACCCCUGGCCAUCUUCAGAGAGUACCGCUACGAAGAGAUCCCCUCGAUCAAUCUGCACAUCGCCGUGUGCUCUGAGAAGUGGCCAUAUGGGACCAACAGGGACGGCGUCAUCUACAGCCUCUCAAUGCUGCUCCUGCAGUACAUUAUCCCUCUAGCGAUCAUCAGUUAUGCUUAUAUUUGCAUCUGGGUCAAACUGAAAAAUCACAUCAGCCCGUCUACUCGCAAUGAUAGCAUUAUGCGCCGCAAAAAGACCACCAAGAUGUUGGCUCUGGUGGUGGUGGUGUUCGCCAUCUGCUGGCUACCCUUCCACAUAUUUCAGCUGGCCAGCGAUCUGGACCUGGUUCUCAAUUUUGAGGAAUAUAAACUGAUAUACACCGUGUUCCAUAUCGUGGCUAUGUGUUCCACUUUUGCCAACCCGCUCCUCUACGGCUGGAUGAAUAAAAACUAUAGAAAUGGAUUCUUAAUGGUCUUCCGCUGUGAGGAUAAGCCAGAUUCUUUCCACCCCGAAGGCUCUGUCAGGACUCGCUCUAUGAGGCGGCUGACGCUCAAUGGUCGUAAUGGCGGACACCCGCCAGCUGCCGUGUGAGAAGACAUUUGAACAUGUUGCUAUUUUGCGGCACGUGUGGUACAAAGGCGGGAUGAGCAUUUCACAAAAUAUCCUGUUUCCAUUUCAGUGUUGUAUUGAGCAAAAUAACACGUCAACCCAGUCACGGGGCCCUCCACAUCAAAUAAUCAAUAUUAGUGUUCAUCAUCAACUAAAAAGUGUAAAUUUGAGAAACUUAUUCUCUUCUCCUGAGCUAUAGACAUGGAAAUCCUUCUUAAGGAUUAUUAUUCAACAAGUGAAUCAUAUCAAUGCUUUAGCUGUAAUUGAUGAGAAUAUUGGUCAACAUUUGAUAUAGUUUAUCAUUUCGAGAUCUUUGCGAUGAAAAGUGUCAUUUAUGUCACACUCCACUUCAUCUCUUCUGCAUCCUCCACAGCUGACACUGACCACUGUACCAGUGCUACUGUUACUAUACUGACAAGAGCAUCUGGCUCUUGUCAGUUAUGCACGUUGGGUACCCGCAUGAAAAAGGUCGAGACCUUUGGUAGUUCUUAUGAAAACUGUCUUCGACUCCACUGGGAUCGCUCUGCUUCAUUUUUAUCACAAUGUGCCAACAUGUUUUUUUGUCCUGACUUGAGUCUGCCCGUGAGCAGCAAGACAAUUCCAUUCCAUGAGAAGCACUGACGACACUUCAGACAGUAAUAGAGUACACAUUUUCAUGUACUUUUUUUUUUUUUACAAGCGUGCAAAUUAAGACUAAAGCAUUCAUAAUUGUUUUCAUCCAUCCAUCCAUUUUUGAGGGGUUUAUCCUCACGAGGGUCACAGGAGUGCUGGAGUCUCUCCCAGGUAUCAUCGUCUACGAGGUGGGGUACAGCCUGAACUGGUUUCCAGCCAAUACCAGGUAAUAAUUGUUUUAAAUCAAACUAUGAAUUAGUUUUCAUGAGACGUUUAUGCGCCCCUGGAAACCUCCCGACUCCAAUAAGUUGCCUGUGCUUCCCUAAUGGUAAAUCCUUCCCU